AUGUCGGGCCUGUCUCUUACCUGCUUAUGCUCAUUAUACCUCCAGUCUGCUUCCACAUCCUGGGAGCACGUCAAGGGCCUUGAGGGACUGACAGGUCAGCGUCCUCAGCCUAGGGGCAGCGCGGCUCCUUGUCCGUCCAGUAACCGCUCCCACGCCCCACCCCCGGCCCCCAAUCGCCCAGAUGGUGAGCACAGCUGGAACGACAGGCUGGGGAGAGGGCCCAUCAGCCUCCUCGGCUCAGGAGGCCCCCGAAGGCCACUUGCACCCCUGGGCCAACCCCAACAAAGGCUCAGCGGAGGGGUGAGAGAGUCGGAUAGCACGGCGCAGGGGGACAGGUACCCGAAGGUGGGCGGUAGAGCCGGGCCCAGCCAAAACCGUCCGGUGCUCCGGGACCGGCCGCACCUGCCACCGCACCUGCCGCACCUGCGCGCCCCACCGCCCGCGCUCGCCUGCGGUACCCCGCGCCACCUAGCCGCUCACCUCCGCCCGGCCCGGCCCGGCCCGUCGCCGCGGCCCCCGGCCCGCGCCGCUCCAUGCGCUCAGCCCGCCCUCGGCGCCGCCCGCCGCCCCCGGGCCGCCGCCGCCCGCGCCAUCGCGCCGCCGCCGCUCGGAGGGCACAAUGGAGCCGCCGCCGCGCUGCUCAUGCAUAUGCAUGACGCCGCGCCGCCGGCCCCGCCCCCCAGGCCAGAGCAGCAGAGCCCCGAGCGCUGCUCCAGAAGCUCGGGCAGGGGCGAGUGCGGGCCUGCAUGGCCGGGUUGA